CCAUCGCACCGAAACAUGCCGGACGUUAAAUGUGCAUGUGCUUUAGCUUCGUAGCCUUUAGAUUACUGUUCAAUGAGGUAAAUGGACGCUUUGGUGGCUAUACGGUUCUACAGCUGGUCAACUGCUGUCACCGCCACGCAGUGACAGGUCGACUGAAUCUGAGCUUUAGAGAUUAAACAAUAACUGUAUAUUGUCACUUUAACCUAUAUUGUUAAUAGCAGGUCUUAAAUUGUCGUUACUUAUUAAUUAAAAGCUGGAUCAUGAUUUCCGAAGAUAUUUUGGAGAAGGCAGGGCUUCAUUUUGACGAAGUUAACAAGCUCAGAGUUUUAAAACCAGACACUAAUCAGCAGACAUCUGAACUGAAAGAGGAAUGCCACGAAUUCGUCUCGAAAAUCGACCAGUUUCAAAAACUUGUUGGUAGCUUCAUAGAAAUGACCGACACAAUCGCAAAAGAUGUUGAAAAUGAGAAAAUGAAAGCCAUCGGUUCUCGUAACAUGCUCAAGUCAAUUGCCAAGCAGAGGGAAUCCCAGCAACAACAGUUGAAAGCACUCAUAGCGGAGAAGAAAACACAACUUGAGCGAUUGAAUGUGCAACACCAGUCUCUGAGGAAACAAGAGGCCGAACAAGUUGAAUUCAUUGACCAAUUCUCAACUUCUUAAUUUUGGUUUUCAUUCUAAAUUUCUCCUUUAAAAAUAGAAGUUCCUAAAGCAAA